AAACAGUGAGAAGCGCGAAGCAAAAAGUUUAGUAACGUACUUAUUCUGGAAUUUUCAGAUCCCUAUAGUUCACAGUGGAAUACAGCUCAGUCGAUGAAGAGAAUAUAAGAGCGAAUGAAAUCUGCUUUAAAGGCGAGGAAUGGAAUACCAAAGCUAGCGUUAAACACCGAAAGAGAAAACGAAUCCAAGCGGGUUGUACUGCUCAUAUCAAUACAUCGAAUGCGAUUGAAGGAGAAGAGCAAAAAUGGGCAUGAAGAUCUGUGAAAAGUUUAUGACAGUAGUAUUAAUACUAAUGGGGUUUUUCCCAGGGAGAGGAAGCGGAGCUGCGUGCAGAGACUCGUGUGGGAAUUUGCAGGUGAAGUACCCAUUUGGAACAGGGCCCGGGUGUGGAGACCCAAAGUUUCAGAGCUAUGUUAGGUGCGUGAACAAGAAGCUAAUGCUGAGCACCCACAGCGGAACAUACCAGAUCACCUCUGUGGACUACAAUGACCAUGUGAUUCUGAUCGCAGAUCCCCUCAUGUCCACCUGCAACGCCAUGCAGAACAGCGGGAGCUUCGGCCUGGACUGGGCUGCCCCCUUUCGGAUCAAAAAUGACGUCUUUGUGCUGCUAGGCUGCUCCUCCUCUUCCUCCCUCUUCGCCGCUGAUAAUUCCGUCUGCGAUACAGGCAGUGCUCACAUCUGUAGCGCUCUCUAUGGGUGCCCCGGAGUCUCAGGCCUCGGCCUCGUUCCCAAUUCCCCAAUCUCCAGCUGCUGUGUAUACUCGCCCAUCAAUCUCGGCCCUGCAGACGAGCUCAAUCUGCCCAAGUUACAGUGCUCCUCUUAUACAAGUAUUUACAAUUUCGGCACCGACCCCACGAAUCCCAAGACAUGGAAGUAUGGUAUUGCUCUGCACUAUUCUUAUAACAUUGAUAAUACCAAUACUUACUUCUCUACUGCCUGCACUGACUGCGAGCGGAGCGCUGGUGUCUGUGGCUAUUCUGGAAUGGCCAAUUCUUUUCUCUGUAUCUGCAAAAAUGGCGUCAAUACUACAACCAACUGCUAUGGCCAAGGAUACGUUUGGAGCGGAGGAUCCAGCCAUAGUUUGCAUCAGAUUUCAGGAGCUGUGUCUUUGGUUGGGCUGCUGCUGCUUCUCCUCUUAUGGCUUUGAUGGAUGUCUUUAUCAACUGUGUGUAACUUUUAUGUUUUUGGGUUGGCAUUCAAUGCAAACUAUUCCUGGUAGGAGUUAUGUGAGGCAUACCAAGAAAUAAUUCUUGGAAAAUGUAUUUUAUUUUGUUAUUGCUUUGUGAGUGCACAGAGUGAACGACUGCACAUAUUCUUUGAUUGUAGAUUGAAACAAUCUUUUUCUGUAAUUGCUCAAACAACAAUAUGCUCUCCACUCUUUAUGCCAAAGUCACGCUGAUCACGCGUACUAGUUUUCUAAA